AUGCUUCACGAAAAUCACGAGAAGCUCGUCUUCGUUUGCAACGGAUACAUCGACCGCCUCAAUCCGCGACUGCUGCCUGAGCGCCUGCGCAGGCGCCUCGAGCGGAACCGCAGCCCGGCGCUGAAGCGCUACGACGGCAAGCUCGCGUGGAGUCAAGCUGUCGAAAGCGCGAUAAAACGCACACACACCCCCUGUCUGGCGUUCGCUCAGGCUCACUCCCACCACUUGCUGGAGUCCCUCUCUAUGGACGAAGUCCUCGCGCUGGAGAAGCUCGUUCCCGAGAUCCGCGAGGCGUUCAAAACCUCUAAGGCCAAGCUCGCUGAGCAAGAGGCGCAGGACAAGUUCACGCGCCACGUCUCCGUCGGCCUUGCUGGGCUCGAAGGAGACCCUGUCUCCUUUCCGUUUGAGCUGAAGCGGGCAGAGUCCAAGAAUCCCUGA